UCCCGCAGUCAGGCUGGGGCUCGAAGCGGGGACCCUCGCCCCGUCCUCAGUUGUCCAGUCCUCCUCCUCGCAGACCCCAGCAGUUCCCACCCGAGGCCACAGGAGAGACGGGGUCCCCAGGCAGAGGGGGCCACAGUGUCAGUUCUGGAGACAAGCUGCCAGAAAGAGGCUUCUGGUCAUGGCCCUCCCGCUUCAUAUCCUGAAUGCUGGGAUCCCCCAGGACAUUCCCUGGCCCUCAAGCCCCAGGCCCCAGGCCCCAGGGCUGAGCUGUGGGCAGGCCUUACCUGGUCUCUGCAGACAGGUCCUCCAGGCUGCUGGCUGCAGUGGCCCUGCCCGCUCUGUGCCGACCCUGCUGCAGGCCUCUGCAAUGUCACUGCCUCUGUGUCCCCUCCUUCUCCUGGCUGUGGGCCUGAGGCUGGCUGGAACUCUCAACCCCAGUGAUCCCAACACCUGCAGCUUCUGGGAAAGCUUCACUACCACUACCAAGGAGUCCCACUCCCGCCCCUUCAGCCUGCUCCCCUCAGAGCCCUGCGAGCGGCCCUGGGAGGGCCCCCAUACUUGCCCCCAGCCCACGGUUGUAUACCGGACCGUGUACCGUCAGGUGGUGAAGACAGACCACCGCCAGCGCCUGCAGUGCUGCCAUGGCUUCUACGAGAGCAGGGGGUUCUGUGUCCCGCUCUGUGCCCAGGAGUGUGUCCAUGGCCGUUGUGUGGCACCCAAUCAGUGCCAAUGUGUGCCAGGCUGGCGGGGCGAUGACUGUUCCAGUGAAUGUGCCCCAGGAAUGUGGGGGCCACAGUGUGACAGGCCCUGCAGCUGUGGCAACAACAGCUCGUGUGAUCCCAAGAGUGGGGAAUGUUCUUGCCCUUCGGGUCUGCAGCCCCCGAACUGCCUUCAGCCCUGUACCCCUGGCUACUAUGGCCCUGCCUGCCAGUUCCGCUGCCAGUGCCACGGGGCACGCUGCGAUCCCCAGACUGGAGCCUGCUUCUGCCCUGCAGAGAGAACUGGGCCCAGCUGUGACGUGUCCUGUUCCCAGGGCACUUCUGGCUUCUUCUGCCCCAGUACCCAUCCUUGCCAAAAUGGAGGCGUCUUCCAAGCCCCACAGGGCUCCUGCAGCUGCCCUCCUGGAUGGAUGGGCACCAUCUGCUCCCUGCCCUGCCCAGAGGGCUUUCAUGGACCCAACUGCUCCCAGGAAUGUCGCUGCCACAACGGAGGCCUCUGUGACCGAUUCACUGGGCAGUGCCGCUGCGCUCCGGGUUACACUGGGGAUCGGUGCCGGGAGGAGUGCCCGGUGGGCCGCUUUGGGCAGGACUGUGCAGAGACGUGCGACUGCGCUCCGGACGCCCGUUGCUUCCCGGCCAAUGGCGCAUGUCUGUGCGAACACGGCUUCACUGGGGACCGCUGCACCGAGCGCCUCUGCCCGGACGGCUUCUACGGUCUCAGCUGCCAGGCCCCCUGCACCUGCGACCCGGAGCACAGCCUCAGAAUAGCGCGGAGCCUCCCUAGUGGCCCCCGUACCCCAGUACCCCAGCGUUGUGCGAAUCCCACUCACCACGCGGAGGGGUCGAGGAAGGAAGCUGGCCUGCCCCGGCCCAGCUCAGACCGCGCCCCGCCCCGCCUCGCCUCUGCCCCCAGCUGCCACCCGAUGAACGGGGAGUGCUCCUGCCUGCCGGGCUGGGCGGGCCUUCACUGCAACGAGAGCUGCCCGCAGGACACGCACGGGCCGGGGUGCCAGGAACACUGUCUCUGCCUGCACGGUGGCGUCUGCCAGGCUACCAGCGGCCUCUGUCAGUGCGCGCCGGGCUACACGGGCCCUCACUGUGCUAGUCUUUGUCCUCCCGACACCUACGGUGUCAACUGUUCCGCACGCUGCUCAUGUGAAAAUGCCAUCGCCUGCUCGCCCAUCGACGGCGAGUGCGUCUGCAAGGAAGGUUGGCAGCGUGGUAACUGCUCUGUGCCCUGCCCACCUGGAACCUGGGGCUUCGGUUGCAAUGCCAGCUGCCAGUGUGCCCAUGAGGCAGUCUGCAGCCCCCAAACUGGAGCUUGUACCUGCACCCCUGGGUGGCAUGGGGCCCACUGCCAGCUGCCUUGUCCGAAGGGGCAGUUUGGAGAAGGCUGUGCCAGUCGCUGUGACUGUGACCACUCUGAUGGCUGUGACCCUGUUCAUGGACGCUGUCAGUGCCAGGCUGGCUGGAUGGGCACGCGCUGCCACCUGUCCUGCCCUGAGGGCUUAUGGGGAGUCAACUGUAGCAACACCUGCACCUGCAAGAAUGGGGGCACCUGCCUCCCUGAGAAUGGCAACUGUGUGUGUGCACCCGGAUUCCGAGGCCCCUCCUGCCAGAGACCCUGUCAGCCUGGCCGCUAUGGCAAACGCUGUGUGCCCUGCAAGUGCGCUAACCACUCCUUCUGUCACCCCUCGAACGGGACCUGCUACUGCCUGGCUGGCUGGACAGGCCCUGACUGCUCCCAGCCAUGCCCUCCAGGACACUGGGGAGAAAACUGUGCCCAGACCUGCCAGUGUCACCAUGGUGGGACCUGCCAUCCCCAGGACGGGAGCUGUAUCUGCCCCCUAGGCUGGACCGGACACCGCUGCUUAGAAGGCUGCCCUCUGGGGACAUUCGGUGCUAACUGCUCCCAGCCAUGCCAGUGUGGUCCUGGAGAAAAGUGCCACCCAGAGACUGGUGCCUGUGUUUGUCCCCCAGGGCACAGUGGUGCACCUUGCAGGAUUGGAAUCCAGGAGCCCUUUACUGUGAUGCCUACCACUCCGGUAGCGUAUAACUCUCUGGGUGCAGUGAUUGGCAUUGCAGUGCUGGGGUCCCUUGUGGUAGCCCUAGUGGCACUGUUCAUUGGCUAUCGGCACUGGCAGAAAGGCAAGGAGCACCACCACCUGGCUGUGGCUUACAGCAGCGGGCGACUGGAUGGCUCCGAGUAUGUCAUGCCAGAUGUCCCUCCAAGCUACAGUCACUACUACUCCAACCCCAGCUACCACACCCUGUCACAGUGCUCCCCGAACCCCCCACCCCCUAACAAGGUUCCAGGCCCACGCGUUGCCAGCCUGCAGGCCCCUGAGCGGUCAGGUGGGGCCCACGGGCAUGAUAACCACACCACCCUGCCUGCUGACUGGAAGCACCGCCGGGAGCCCCCUCCAGGGCCUCUGGACAGGGGGAGCAGCCGCCUGGACCGAAGCUACAGCUAUAGCUACAACAAUGGCCCAGGCCCAUUCUAUAAUAAAGGGCUCAUCUCUGAAGAGGAGCUCGGGGCCAGCGUGGCUUCCCUUAGCAGUGAGAACCCCUAUGCCACCAUCCGGGACCUGCCCAGCCUGCCAGGGGGCCCCCGGGAGAGCAGCUACAUGGAGAUGAAAGGCCCUCCCUCAGGAUCUCCCCCCAGGCAGCCUCCUCAGUUCUGGGACAGCCAGAGGCGGCGGCAGCCCCAGUCACAGAGAGACAGUGGCACCUACGAGCAGCCCAGCCCCCUGAUCCAUGACCGAGACCCUGUGGGCUCCCAGCCCCCUCUGCCUCCGGGCCUACCCCCUGGCCACUAUGACUCACCCAAGAACAGCCACAUCCCUGGACAUUAUGACUUGCCUCCAGUACGGCAUCCCCCAUCACCUCCACUUCGUCGUCAGGACCGUUGAGGAGCCAGGAUGGUGUGGCAGAGGCCAGCACACCUGGCUGUUGCUGCCCAAGGCUGGGGACAGAGCCUAGUGUACUCCUGCCAGGAGCAGGGAGUGGAUCGGCAGGCCGUGAACAUGAAGAACACUUAACGGAGCAAGUGAAUGAAAAGAUGGGAGCCUCGUUCCCGGGUUCCACCAUGGGAGACACUGAUCAGCAGGAUGCCUGGCUCCCUUUCCCAACCCGCUGCUCCCAAAGCCCCCAGGGCCCUGUGUAUAUAAACUGGUGGGUUGGAAGUUGCCGGGUAACUGAUUUCAGACGUGUGUGGGGUACCUUUUCUGUGCACGCUCGGGCUGGGCUCUGUGCGUGUGUGUGUUUCUGUGAUUUUCGAAGGGUACCUGGCACAGGUUCUGUCCUAGGACACUUACCAUUUAGUAGGGAGACGGACCCAACCCAAUUAACUCUAGCAAUAGCCUCCUAACUGGCCUCCCUCCAUUCAUUCAGUGAACCUUCCAAUGCACGGCUCAAAAUUUCAAAAUACAGGCUGGUUAGUUACUCCCUACCUGAAAGCCUUCAUAGGUGCCCCUUGGCUCUUCUGCCAGUAUCAAAACUUUUGAAAGCCUUAAAGUCCCUGCUUGCCUGGCCCAUCUGUCUCUCCAGCCUCACCUUAAACUGUGUUCCUGUCACUGCACGCCAGUCACACAGGCCUCCAGGUCCUCCAGUAGGCCACACUUCUUUCUAGCACAGGGACUUGCACACUUGGAGUGCCCUUCCUCCCCCACUCACCUGUUCACCCUUACUCUUCCUUUACACCUCCUCCUCAAGGAAGCACCCACCCUCCGUACGUGUUUCACAGCCCUGAUUGCAGCUGUGUUCACUCACCAGGUACCUGCAGAAGGCCUAUAGGGUGCCAGGCACUUCUUUAAUGUGUUCUUUCUUUAUGUGAUUAUUUGAUUAAUCUCUGCCUCCCCUACUAGACUGUAAGCUCCCUGAAGGCAAGAAUCCUGUGCUCAAUAUUAGCUCUCCCUUGGUACAGAGUAGGCACUCAAUAAAUGCUCCCCAAAGGCUGACUGAAUUAAAGUACCAGUGACAUGCAGUAACUGCUAAGAUGGAUGAGCCACCUGUGUGCUCUGACAGUUAUAGACUGAAUAAGUUGGAGACUUCCCUAAACGGUGGCAUUUCCACAGGGUAACAACAGAGAGCUCAGACGUGGGAAGGUGCCAGGGGCAGGGGGGCAGAGGGGCUGGGGCUGAGGGCGGGUGAAGAGGCUGGAGACAGGAUUACAGGACAGAGUACAGGCAUGCCUCGAUUUAUUGCACUUUACAGGGAGCGGACUUUUUAAAGAAAUUGAAGGUGAGGCCGGGCGCGGUGGCUCAAGCCUGUAAUCCCAGCACUUUGGGAGGCCGAGACGGGCGGAUCACGAGGUCAGGAGAUCGAGACCAUCCUGGCUAAC